AUGAAAAGAGUUAUUUUAUUUAAAAAUGGCACAGAUGUGAAUGGCAAGGUAUUUAUGGUAACACAUUCAGUUGACGAAAUACUAAAAGCUGCGAGUAAGAAAUUUAAUAUCACUGCCAGCCGGAUAUUUACACCUCAAGGUGGAGAAGUCGAUGACGUUAAAUUAAUCAGAGAUGACGAUGUACUGUAUGUGUCAUGUGGAGAAGAAUUUAUUUCUAAGGACAACAACUCAGUUUCUAGAAAUCAUGAUUGGGUAACACUUAAUGUUGGUGGCAAGUUAUUUACCACCACUAAAAGUACAUUGAUACAAAAGGAGCCAAUGAGUAUGUUAGCUCGGAUGUUCAUGGAAAAUGAUGACAGUAGUGAGUUUAGAAUACCACCAAGUAAACAAGAUAGCAAUGGCGCAUUUUUAAUAGAUCGCAGUUCGGCUUAUUUUGAACCAAUAUUGAAUUAUUUACGUCAUGGACAACUCAUUUUAGAUAAUAAUAUUAGCGCUGCAGGCGUACUUGAGGAAGCACGUUUUUUUGGAAUUGACGGUAUUAUUAAUUCUUUAGAAGAAAUGGCACUAGUUGAAAAGCAAAAACGCAAAGGGACCGAUGCGUUGACACGGCGUGAUGUUUUAAAAGCUAUUUUGUCGACACCAGCUUCUUCUGAAUUACGAUUCCAAGGUGUCAAUUUAGCAGGCGCUGAUUUGUCACGAUUGGAUUUACGGAAUAUCAAUUUCAAAAUAUUAAUUGAAAAUAUUAUUGAUGAUUAUGCAAAUUUACGAGGAUGCAAUUUAGUCGGCGCUAAUCUGUCAGGAUGUUGCUUAGAACGGGCGGACUUAUCAUUCGCAAAUCUUGAGAAUGCUCAACUAGUAUGUGUGAAGAUGCUCUGUGCGAAUUUAGAGGCGGCAAAUUUACAUUCCUGCAAUUUCGAGGAUCCUGGUGGGCUCUCAGCUAAUAUGGAGGGCGUUAAUUUGAAAGGAGCUAAUCUUGAAGGCAGUAACAUGGCGGCUGUUAAUUUACGUGUUGCUACUUUGAAAAAUGCAAUACUCAAAAAUUGUGAUUUGAGAUCGGCUGUACUGGCUGGAGCUGAUCUAGAGUCUUGUGAUCUAUCCGGCUCAGAUUUGCACGAAGCAAAUUUACGUGGUGCGAAUUGGAAGAAUGCGGCCUUUGAACUGAUGCAAACACCACUGCACAUGUCUCAAACAGUGCGGUGA